AGAGACUCUGAGCAAUCAUGGGGAAGCAAAACAGCAAGCUGAAGCCGGAAGUGCUGGAGGAUCUCAGACAGAGUACUGAAUUCUCAGAUACCGAGAUCCAAGAGUGGUACAAAGGAUUUCUAAAGGACUGCCCCUCCGGACAUCUAAACGUGGAAGAGUUCAAGAAGAUAUACGGAAACUUCUUCCCUUACGGCGACGCGUCAAAGUUCGCGGAGCACGUAUUCAGGACGUUCGACGUGAACGGCGACGGCACAAUCGACUUCCGUGAGUUUCUAUGCGCCCUCAGUGUGACGUCCCGUGGCAAGUUGGAGCAGAAGUUACGAUGGGCCUUUAGCAUGUACGAUCUGGAUGGCAAUGGCUACAUCUCGCGACAGGAAAUGCUGGAAAUUGUAACGGCGAUCUACAAGAUGGUGGGCUCUGUGAUGAAGAUGCCAGACGACGAGUCAACGCCGGAAAGACGAACCGACAAAAUAUUUCGUCAGAUGGACAAAAAUAAGGACGGCAAGCUAUCGCUCGAAGAAUUUAUAGAGGGUGCAAAGAACGACCCGUCUAUUGUUCGACUACUGCAGUGCGAUCCUAGCGCACAGGCCCAGUGAGAUCUGGUGAUGCCAACACGAGAAAAUGGUGCUAUGUUAUUCGCAUAAAAUCGGGAUCCGGCCCAAUUAUAAUAGUAUCCCUCUCCCUAGCAGCAGUGAAACGCAAUCGUAGAAAAUUUUUUACAUCUGGUAGUACCCAGUCAAGAAACUACCAGAAGACUUGUCCCAUAGAAUCUUUUUUUUUAGGUUUAUGUGUUUGACUUAGUAUACAACUAAAUUUAGAUGCAUUAACAUCAGAAACUUUUCUUGUGGGGACAAAUAGUUUUACUAGAAUGACUACAUGCCUUAUUUUUUUUUUUUUUUUUUUUUUUUUUUUUUAACUAGUUAAACUUGGGUAGCGAUAUUUUUCACGGUCAACGAGUAUGUAAUAAAUUGACACUUUAUAUUUAAUUGUUAAAACCGCCUUAUAGAGAGCAUUUUCGUGAAUAUUUUAUAUCGAUAUGUCAAUGUGUAAAGAAAAAAAUAACAGAACAGUUCGUAAUUCUAGAAUUAAUCUAUUCGCUCAAAACGUUGAUAUCUGUUGAUAUCGAUAUAUAAUAAUAAGUUACGCGUUAUCCAUAUUAUCCAAAGAUUAGAAUCGACUUUAGUACGGGUUACAUCUAGAGAACAAAGAGAACAAAUUCGUACACUUACAUAUAUUUUUCAACUAAGUUUUAAUACAACUCCCAUUUCCCGAUAACAAAAAAAAAACAAAAAAAAACAAAAAAAAAAA